AUGAAUUUUAUCGCAAUUUUGUUCGUUCUCCACGUAUUCGCGGCCGGUCUCUGCGAGAACACCAGGUCUGCGGAGAAGGUGACUCUGGACAUCGCACACGUGGACUCUUGUUCCAUAAAAACCCUCAAAAGAUGGGUAUAUGAGUUGUGCACUGGCAUAUAUACAGCCAAAGAUGGCUACCAGAUCUCAACAGUGGUGGAUAAGGAGACACCUCUCUGGAUCUCUGCCAGAGGUCAUUCCUGUGAGCACGUGGUUGUAGUUUUCGGGAAGAAUGGCAUUCCAAGAUCUGUGGUUGUGUAUACGAGCGAUGAUGAGCACGCGAAAAGCUGUCUGUACCUAGAAAGGGUAGGGUCGGAAUGGGUGUCUGUCACGGAAGAAGAGUUUUACAAGAGAUUCCACGCGUUAAUAGUAAAGGAAGCCCUCUUUGACUCUGUGGAAGUCGACAUUAAUCAAAAGGAAACGUCUAUAAGGCUAUAUGCGACAAACUCUCCCAGUUUACCCUUUCUUGUGUACGCUCCAAACGUCGGCUAUCGCAUUAAAAGGGUUGGAGACGGCUGGAUUAAAACCAUUUGGAAGGCUAAAUUGGAAGACGAAGAAUGUACCUACGCCUCCCUGUAUCCAAAAGAUGAGCCGAAACUGGCGUAUCUGAUAGUUAGAAACCCCGAUGUUACAAGGAAGAUGUUCUUCCACAAGGCAAAUAGUUCAUGGGAGCCUAUAAAGAAGGAGAUAUACCUAAAGGAGUUGGACAAGGCCGGUUUCAACUUGGCAAAGUUAAACGAUAAAGCUACCCUUGAUAUCAGAAACGUUGACAAGGGUAAAUUCCGUGAUCAUGCCUACAUCCUCCGUGGAUAUGAAGCUCUCUACAGACCUCUUCCAGGCUUCAGAAUUGACAAGGUUGUAGACGGCGAAGAUCUCAUAUGGGAGCCUUUGGAUGGAGAACAGUGUAUAUACGUAUCCGCAAUUGUUCAAGACGUGCUACCCGUAACAUGCUAUCUGUUCAUUGUAGAUGAGCAUGACGACAGAACGAUCCUUCACUAUAUAAAAGACGGGAAUUCUUGGAGGUUUGUGGAUAAUGAUACGUAUUUCACUUUUCUAACGGAUGGAGACAAUCCCGCAUUUACACAUAGAGGUGGCACUCACAAGUUGGUAAGCAGUGGCUUUAAGAAUAAACAAGGCCAUAGACUCACAACAUAUGCUUCGACCGUUGAUAAUCCAAAGGGAGAUAUCAUUCUGGUUCACGGCUUCCGUGGAUAUUUUAAAGCCGACUUUGGUAGGUAUAACUACCUGUGGAAUUUUAAGCAGUUUGGAUAUCCAUCUGCACCAAAUGUAUAUAAACUAUUUGUUGAUGAGGAUUCGGAGUUGCAAAAGAAUCCUUCUGUUGCUAAUAGAUAUAAGCACUUGUUUGAACAUGCAAGUGAAGACGAUUUUAAUGCUUUUGAAAUGGCUCAUAAAUUCAAGUAUAAUGGAGGCUUUUCACAAGUUUUAAAUAAACUUGGCUAUAAUGUCUACGGAUUUGACCACCAGUCUCAGGGUCUAUCUGAGGCCAUUAGCGAUUUAAGAUGUUAUGUGAACAAUUUUAAAGACUACAUUUACGACACUCUGCAGUUUGUCAGUAUAGUGAAAAGGGGUAAAUUUGGGGAUCCCGAUGAAGAGUGGAAUGAAGGGGCAGUAUACAAGAACAUUCCUACGGAUAGAAAGGUUUUCCUAAUUGGCCAUUCCAUGGGUGCAAAUAUUUCAAUUAGGGCCAUUCAGGAGUUCCACAAGCAUGCAGAAGGGGGAGCGAGGCUUAUAGACGGCCUAAUUUGUACGUCUGCAAUGCUUAAUUUGGAUCACCAUUUAAACACCCCUGUAAAGAGAUUAUUUAGGAAAAUGUCCAAGCUAUUGACCUUACUUGUACCUUAUGAAACUACUCGUUAUGAGCAACUCUUGGAUAAUGGAGAAUCAUUUGAUAUGUUUGCCAGAUACAAUGACCCGUUUUUCCACUCUAGCUGGACUGUUAUGAAGACACAUACAACCCUAUUUGAUGCUGCCGAAGAUAUUCACAAGGAAGAACAUAUGCGCUAUUAUCCAAAGGACCUGCCCACUUUGUUAUUCCAUGCAAACGAUGAUUUCAUGUGUAAUAUAAAGGGUCCCAGGGACAUGAUUAAAAACUACUUUAGCGAUAGCAAAGUCACAAGGCUCAUUGAAAUAGAAGGAACAUGCCACUAUUUAACUGUUGCUCACGCCGGAUCACGUCUUGUGUUACAAUUUCAUGACUGGUUACAUAACACACCUAAAAUGACCAGUGCAACAAGGGGAAUUGCCCUAAAAUCUGAUGAAUUAUAA